CAUUUCUGGACCUGCCCUGGGCCAGAGGGGAGCCCACUACCCUGAAGGGACCUGUGAUGACAUUCCAGGAGCAGGCCCCAUAGGAGGCUCCCUGGACUGUGGAGAAUCACAAUAUUCCUGACUGCCAAAACUUUGGAGAAAGACAGUCAGCAGGUACAAAGUUAGAAAGACAACAAAGAAGACAAGUCUGUGCUGUCACCUGAAGCUGGAGAAAUCUUCAAAGAAGAGCUCAGUCACAGCAGUGGACUUUGACCUUGGCACUGAAGAAUGUCUAAAUCUGAAGGAAAUGGACAAAGGAAAGACAGAGAUUUGGGAACCAAUCAAUGAAAAGAGAGAACUUUACUCUCAUCACUGACUUUGUUUUCCAAGGUUUCUCUAGCUUCCAUGAGCAGCAGAUCACCCUUUUUGGCAUGUUCCUUGCACUAUACAUCUUAACCUUAGCAGGCAAUAUCAUCAUUGUGACCAUCAUCUGAAUUGAUCUUCAUCUUCACACACCCAUGUACUUCUUCCUGAGCAUGCUGUCCACUUCAGAGACUGUAUAUACAUUGGUCAUUCUCCCAAGAAUGCUCUCCAGCCUCGUAGGUAUGAGCCAGCCCAUAUCAUUGGCAGGGUGUGCCACACAGAUGUUCUUUUUUGUAACCUUUGGCAUCACUAACUGCUUCCUGCUCACAGCAAUGGGAUAUGACCGCUAUGUGGCCAUCUGCAACCCCCUGAGAUACAUGGUUAUUAUGAACAAGAGGCUGUGUAUCCAGCUUGUCCUGGGGGCCUGCAGCAUUGGGCUGAUUGUAGCAAUAACACAAGUGACAUCUGUAUUCAGGUUACCCUUCUGUGCUAGAAAGGUGCCCCACUUCUUCUGUGACAUCCGCCCUGUGAUGAAGCUCUCCUGCAUUGACACCACUGUCAAUGAAAUCCUGACUUUGAUUAUCAGUGUGCUGGUGCUUGUUGUACCUAUGGGUCUGGUUUUCAUUUCUUAUGUUCUCAUUAUCUCUACAAUCCUCAAGAUUGCUUCAGUUGAGGGCCGGAAGAAGGCUUUUGCCACCUGUGCAUCCCACCUCACUGUGGUCAUUGUCCACUACGGCUGUGCCUCCAUUGCCUACCUCAAGCCCAAGUCAGAGAACACCAGAGAACAUGACCAGCUGAUCUCGGUGACCUACACUGUCAUCACUCCCCUACUGAACCCUGUGGUAUACACCCUGAGAAACAAAGAGGUCAAAGAUGCUCUGUGCAGGGCUGUUGGUGGGAAGUUUUCCUGACCAUUUAGGAAGAGUUCUCCUGAGGCUGUCAACAUCCACACUAGGCAGGAAUAUGAGGUGUAAACUCACAAACGCUUGGCUCCUAGAGACCUGCCCCUUAAAUAAGAGGCAAAAGAGGAAUAGCAGUUUCAUACAACUGGGAGUCUGAAGCUUUAAAUAAAGUUACUGGAUGGAGUGUUAUCCCU